ACAAUAUUUGAUAUUUAUUUUUCAGUUCCUCCGGAAAGGCGGUACAUCUAGAAAUGCCAAGAAAUCCGUAUGUCACAUCACCAAAAUGUUCACUAUUCACUGGCGUCUGGCAAGAACCGGACAUGUCUCAGUGUUACAAUACAGAGGAGAUCACUCAACAACUAAAGAAAAUCUCAAUCGUAUACAUCGGUAAAGAAAAUAUUGAGGAGGUUUCAACAAUAGUCCGCGAUAUUUCCAAGAAAUCAGUGCAUUUCAAAACAGAAGAUAUUGAGUUGGCUGUUGACAUUCAUGAGAAAAUGGUGCCAUUGAUAUCGAUUGUAUCCGCCGAUAUAAGACUAAAGAAUAUAUUUCCUAGUAUCAACAAUAUGAUAAACACACCGGAAGAGAUUUUGGUUGAAGCAGAACAAUCAGAGAGAACUGUGAGCAGGUAAAAUUGAUCACAUUUG